UAUGAUGUCUAGGCGUGGUAAAUAUGCUAAACCAAGGUAAGUUUUGGAUCCGCCUCUUAUUUUGUGAGUCUAUUAUAUUUGUGAUUGUUAUAGAGUUUAUGGAAAUUUAGGAAGAGUCCUUUGACCGGAACUGCCUUCGACCCGCUGUCUUUGCCAAGUGGUGUUCCAGUGCCUAUGUGUUUUUGUGGUGAUCCUUGUAAGGUCGAUAAGUCUGAGGAUCAUGACACCUAUCGACAGAGGUAUUGGAUGUGUGCUAACUUUGCAUUUGAGCCAACUAUUGUUCAACGUCGGAUGAAUUUAAUGACUCCUCCACCGCUAUGUGAUUUUGAGCAGUGGAUUGACACAGAAAUAUCAGAGAAAGACAAGAAGUGGUUGGAGAAUCUUAAAAAGUGGGAUGCAGAGGACAAAGAGAGGAUGGAAAAAAGACGAGAGGAGCUUGCUGCGGAGCAACAACGUGAAGACGAAGGGAAAACGAGGUGUAUUGCUGAAUGCAGGGAAGAGAAGGAGAAAAAGCUUGAGCGCGCACGUCGUGCAAAGGAAGCAAUGGAGGAGAACCCUGAUGCAUUUCGCAAAGGCAAAUGGCCCCGUUGCACUCAGUAGUCUUGGUGUUUUAUUUGAAGUUAUGUAAUAAUGAACUUAUUAUUCGGUAUUAUGUAUUGUCGAACAAUGAUAUUUCGUAAUGAAUUACCUUCAAAUUGAUG